UCUUCAACAUUCUCUACCUCGCGCUCUCUCUCUUUGAGACACACUUCUUCCUCGCUUCUUUUUACUUUUCCUGCUUUUGGUUGGGUCCCUCGGCCUGCAAACCCAGCUAAACGCAGCUGCUGCUGGGUUAUUAUUAAAUCUUCUCUAACCAGCAACAUCCUCAUAUCCAUUUCGUUUUCAUCGCAACUAGGCCUGUUUCUCUUGAUUUUAUAUUUCCCUGCGGCUUUGCAUGGCCGAGUCUGUCGCCGACCCCGAGGCCUGGCUCCCCUUUCAGUUUCUCACUAAAGCGGGCGUUCCAAUGGAACGGGAAAACUUCAACAAAAGCGGACCGAGUUUCUGCUUUCCCACCGAGUUUCCGUACGAAUUCGAUUCGUUUGGUCCUCACUCGUCCCUCAGUUCGCCGGUUGAGUCCGUGGCCAGUUCGACGGAGAACGAGAGCAGCGAUGAAGAGGACUUUUUUGCCGGAUUGACUCGCCGCCUGGCUCAGUCCUCGCUUCACGAAACUCAGAAACUCGCUGUUCGGAGAGAGACUCGGACCAAACCUGAGGUAAUGGCCGGGUCACCUCAAUCGACUCUGGGCGGAAUCGGUAGCUGGUCAGGUCGAAGUGCGGUUUCGAGCAAUGGAAGCUCAAACGGUCCCUCUCAGGUCCCAUCACCUCCAACGACGCCAUUUGGCACUAGCAACGACGCUUUGGAUGUCAUAUACGCAGCGGCUGGGCAGGUUGCGCGGCUGAAAAUGAGCGGUGAAUCGACAAAAAAUUGCUACCAGAGCAGAGGACUUCUCGCUCCCCCUAAGACAACUCCAGUUUCCACGGCGAAGAGCUGCUACCUCGGGUUGUACUCCAACCAGAGUAUCGCUCACAAUCUUCCUCAGGCGACUCAGUUUCAAAAUGCAAGGCAGGACCAGGUGCUGAGUCCACAGCCGGAAGCUUCAAUCUGGGGGAGGCCGGACCAAAUGAAGUUGUGCUGGUCAGCUCAGCAGAACCUGCAAGAUCCGGAACAGAUCCACAGCAGAGUGAGAAAUACUGAGUUCAAGAGUGGAAGAUGUGGGCGGCCUCUGAGUGUGCCCCAGUCUGCAUGGCCUUCCCUACAUUCUCAACCUCAAAAACAACCGCCAUCCCACUCUGGUUCCAGCAUGCGAUCCGUUUUUCGGGGAGGAUCUGGCGUGAAGAGGGACUGCGCUGGAACUGGGGUUUUCUUACCCCGUAGGUACAGCAGUGCUCCGGACAUUCGCAAGAAAACAGGUUGUCCAACAGUUAUUGUCCCGGCCAAGGUUGUUCAAGCGCUGAACUUGAACUUCGACGACAUUAGUGGUCACGCUCAGCCACGCUUCAAUCCAGGCUUUACCUUUGACCACGAUUGCAUCAAGUCCCGGGCGAAUGCCCUGAUCUUGUCGCAGCAAAGACGAAGUUUAGGUCCGGAGGGAUCACUAAAUCAUGAAAUACGCCUUCCUCGAGAUUGGACAUAUUGACCCUGCAGUUAGUCCUAUGUUUCUCCUUGAUAGGGUUGUUUUAUCGGACACACCAAGCAGUAGUACAAAUGUAGUAGGUUGUGAUAGGAUAUAUGGGUAUUGUGGUUUUGUAGCAACGAAAUCGAAGAAUCGGAGUGCAGUUGUUUCAGUGCAAUGGAAGAUCCAGCUUUUUGUAGGACGUUGCCAGCUUUUGUGUUGUAGGGUUUAGGUGAAGUAAGAACAGAAAGAAUAGUAGUGAAGAGGAUGGCAGAUGGUUGCCAUCUUCUAGUAAUAAGUGGGGAAAGUUCUUCCAUGGCUUCGACGAUGGCCGGGAAAAAUGUGUAUUUUGGGGUUGGUUGGUUAAAAUGAGGUUUUGUAGAUGAGGUGUAUCGACAAACCUCUUGUAAUAUCCCUUGACGGGUAAAGUUAUAGUAAUAAUUAACGCUCUAAGUUCUGUAUUCACA